UUGUCAACAUUGAGAGUCUUUUAAAAUAUCCCGUUGUGAAAAUAUUUUUGAACUCGUGUCACAAUGCAUUGCAAAAUUGCGCUAAUCUCGGUGAUAACAAUUAGCCUCACCAUUUCCUCCACUUCCGGAAAUAGGGUUGUGAUCAUCGGAGGUAAAUUAUUCGGUGAGAGGAACGCCUCCACCCAAACGGCGUGGGAGGGGACGAAGGCGCCCAAAAACGCGGCCAUUGAGCACCUCCUCCAGCCCGUGGAUCAUCAAAACCCGACCAAAUUUCCGCUCUGGUCACAGCGUUACUUUACCAACUUUACGAAGUACUCGGAAUCCGGGCCGAUCCUAAUUUUCAUCGGGGGCGAGGCGGAGGCAGACCCGAGAUUUUUGGCGUAUGGCGAAAUGGCCGAGAACGCCGUAGCGCUUAAAGCAGCGGCCACUUUCACGUUGGAGCAUCGCUUUUACGGACAGAGUUGGCCUUUAAACGACUCGACUGUGACGUCGUUGCAAUAUCUCACGAUGCCGCAAGCAUUGGACGACUUGGCCAAUUUUGUAACACACAUCAAGACCAAGUACGAUCUCGAGGAAAGCAAAGUCGUGGUUUACGGGGGAUCCUAUGCGGGUUCUCUGGCCGCGUAUUUUCUCCAAUUUUACCCUCAACUCGCUUCCGCCGGGGUCGCGUCAUCAGCCCCGAUUUGGUUUCAUUUCGAUUUUAAAGAAUACCUCGAACUGGCUGCAGCCUCGAUAAAAGUAACGAAUCCGAAGUGUUUGGAUAUUUUGGGGUCCGGCGUCCGGGCGCUGAAUCGAAUCAUUCAGCAGAGCUCGUACCAGUGUGGAUUCGUCCCCCUUUCGGGCGGAGGAAACCCCGCAAAUCCAUGCAACGUGGAAUUGGGAACAUUUCCGUUAUGCAGCCCUCUGGACGCGCACAAAACGGGGGACAUUUACCAACUGAACAGCUACAUUACGCAGUUUUUUAUCUACAUCGCCCAGUACAAUAGCACGCUUCCGGAAACUUUCAAUCUGGACGCGCUGUGCAAUGCGACCCUCAGCUACAAGGAGAUCGAGGGCUUAAGCGACUUUGAAGUCCUCGCAAAAAUCAUGACCUCGGCGACCCACGGAUUGUACAAUUCGCCAUGUGUCGACCAACAAGUGGAAAAUUUCUGUGCGUUCAUGUCCCAAACUGGGGCGGAGGAUGAAGCCUCAAAGUAUGGAGCACGACAAUGGAUGUGGCAAGUUUGCAGUGAUUUUGCAACUUUUGCCUCCUCAUCCGGACUACGCCAUCCGUUCGGACAAUACGUUCCAGCCUCGCAUUAUGUUGCUCAAUGUGAAUGUGUUUUUGGAAGUUUAUUUACCGAGGCAUUCAUUCGUCUCCGGGUGGACCAGCAUACUGCAAAAUUCGGGAGUUAUUCCACCCUUCGACGCCACGUGGUCUAUUUGAACGGGAACACGGACCCCGUGGCUGGGCUGGGAUAUUCCAAGCGUGCACAAUUUCAAGCGUCCUGGCCGAAUGAUAAUAACGAUUUGUUCAUCGUUGAAAGAGGGUCUCACUGUGACGAUUUAUACGCGUAUGACUCAACUCAAGAUUCAGCGUCCCUGCAGCAAGCGAGAAAUGGGACCCUGCAAAUUUUGAAACGAUGGCUAAACAUGGCUAAAUUAAAGCUUUUGUUAUAUUACUGAUUGAUUAGUUUGAGUGAAAAGUAGGAAACUUAUUGGUGUUCAAAUUUCUUCAAAAAUAUAAGUACACAAACAUGCUAAACUUAAAAUGCUUCAACACGAGUGGUUUUUUGUGUAUGUGAAUUUUGAACCCAGGUGAUAAUUUCAUUCGGAAAAAUUAAUCAUAACUUAUUACUCAAAGACCAUUUAGAUGUCAAAAUUUUGCAUCGAUCAUGCAAAAAUCAUGCAAAAAUAAAACUGUUGUUGUUUUUAA